UGUGUUGAUCAGGUCAGAGCAGAAAUGCCACAUACCCCUCGCCAGCGGUUGCAGCCUCGAGCUCCGGUGUGGUCAGAGACCGAAACCCGGGAUUUCCUCGCCCUCUGGGGUGAAUUGCUGAUUCUGAGGUGGAUUGAGAACCGCCCUCCCAACAGCGACAUCUAUGAGGACCUCUCGGCCCAAAUGGUUGCCAGAGGUCAUGAGCGCAAUGCGUCACAGUGCAGGAACAGGGCGCGGGAUCUGAAGCGAAGUUAUCGUAGAGCCAAGGACGCGCAAGUGUGUGCCGGGGCUGAGCCGGUGUCUUGCCGCUACUUUCGAGAGUUGGAUCAAAUGUUUGGCGGCGAAAUGGACGGUGUCGCUAACCGAAGCCUGGCCAGCAUGGACGGGUCCAUCCGGGUCGUCGUGAAAACUGAAGAUGCGGAAGACAUGGAGGCCCAAGUCUCCGAGGAAGAAGGCAACCAAAUGACCCCACCCAACACCCUCUCAAGCAUGGAUGCUGACACAGAUACUGAAACCGAACCGAAUUUGGGGAUCUCGCGCGAGGUGGUGGUUGCUGACCCGGAAGUGAUCGAAACUACAAUAGGGGAGGAAUGUACAGAAGAAAAAGCUGUGCCUUUAUGUGGACAAGGAAUUGCUGGCCCCAGUGAAGAUGGACACCAUCCUAUUACUGGUAGAGGCAGGCGAGAAAAUCCCUUGGGACGUCCCCUAACGACAGCGGAGAGAAUGGCGUCCAUGCGAGAGAGGAAGAGGCGUUCCCAUGAAGAAAUGAUGCAUGAAAUCAUGACAGACUACCGGAGGACCUGGGAGACCAUGGAGGCACUUCACGAGAGGGGCGAGAUCAGCGCGGGAGAGUUUCGAGAGGCCAUGCUGAGGGAGAUGCUGCUAGACAGAGAGGCCCGGACACGGGAGGCGCAGCUCGAUCGAGAAUCCCGUGCUAGGGAGGCCCAGCUGGAUAGAGAGGCGAGGGCCGGGGACAACCAGCUGGAGAGGGAGAUUAGGAUUAAGGAGCUCAACAUGAUUGAGGCGGAGCUCCAACGCACCAGGGAUAUCCUUCGUCCCAUGGUCGACGCUGUAGUGUCUGUGGCAGAGGUCUUGCGUACAACAGGCAGAAUACCACAGCAGCCUUCCCGGCAGCAGCAAGGUAGAGGGGACACCAUUUUGGAAUUGGAAGAGAGAAAAUAAUUUCCCA